GACACUGCUUCUUGAGGAAGUGGCUGCUGCUGUGCGACCCUGACGACCUCUCUGCCGGGGUCAGAGGUUACCUGAAGGUCAGCCUGAUGGUUUUGGCAGCUGGAGACGAGCCACCGGCCGAUAAACGCGAGUGUGUGGAGGAUAAAGAAGAUAUAGAAGGAAACCUGCUGAGGCCGGCCGGUUUGUCUCUGAGAGGAGCCACUUUCACUCUGAGGAUCUUCAGAGCUGAAGAUCUGCCACAAAUGGACGACGCCUUCAUGGACGGGAUGAAGCAGAUUCUCGGCUUCGACAGCAACAGGAAGAACCUGGUGGAUCCUCUGGUGGAGAUCCACUUUGCCGGCAAAACUGUCUGCACUAAGAUCCUGGAGAAAAAUGCUAAUCCACAGUGGAACCAAAGUCUGAGCAUGCCCAUCAGGUUUCCCUCCAUGUGUGAGAAAAUGAGGAUCAGAAUUCUGGACUGGGACAGAGCCAGUCACAAUGAUGUCAUCGGCACCACCCACCUCUGCAUGUCGAAGGUCUCCGCCCCCGGCGGAGAGAUCGACG